UCCUGAGAGCCGGGUUCAGAGCAGCCAGUGUCCCGUCUGGCAGGAAGCACUCUGCAUUCUCAGCGACGUGCCUUGAGUGGACAAAUCAUGCUGAUUGUGUGGGAGAGAAACCCAGCGCUGCUUCCAAAAUGAAGGCAGAGAGGGAGGCAUCAUGCAAAGAGACAGCCGUUCCUUCACUGUUUCUUCUCCUAUGGCUUUUCAUCUUUUCUUUGGCAGGUGUAUGUGGGGUGAACAUCAGCUGUCCGUCUCCUCUAGUGCGAGGUACACUAGGAGGCUCAGCCCUUCUCUCUGUGUCCUACACCAGCACCAGUUCUGACAAGCCUGUUAUUAAGUGGCAGCUGAAGCGGGACAAACCUGUCACUGUGGUCCAGUCCAUUGGUACAGACAUCAUUGGGAACCUAAGACCUGAGUACCGCGGCAGAAUCCUCCUGUACGAGAACGGCUCCCUGCUCCUGCAUCACCUGCAGCUGUCAGACGAGGGCACCUAUGAGGUGGAGAUCUCCAUCACUGAUGAUACCUUCACUGGGGAGCGAUACGUCAACCUCACCGUGGAUGUUCCAGUGUCCAGGCCUUUUGUCCACAUUGCGGCCUCAUCCGUCCUAGAGCUGACUGAGCUCUUCAUACUCAACUGCACUCACGACAGUGGCACCAAACCUACCUAUAGCUGGCUGAAGGGCGGGAAAUCUUUAACCAAUGACUCGCGUCUGCUCCUGUCACAUGACCAAAAGGUCCUUACCAUCUCCCAUGUUGUGAUGUCAGAUGACGACGUCUACAGCUGUAGGGUGGAGAACCCCAUCAGCAGUAUGAAGAGCCUGCCUGUCAAACUCACUGUUUACGGACGGAGUUCUCUCUACAUCAUCCUCUCCAUGGGAGGCAUUUUCUUACUCAUCACCUUGGUGACUGUGUGCGCCUGUUGGAAACCCUCCAAAAAAAAAAGGCAAGAGCUUGCCGGACAGAGCAGACAAAAUGUAGCAGAGCAGAGCAACGGCAAUCAUGAGGUUGAUAUAUUGCCUGCUAGAAAUUACCAGAACCGUCGGAACCCAGGUGGACUAUAUGUCCUCAAAAAAACGGAUUUCCCUGAGGGAACAGAUGAGUCUUCCUGUAAUUAUAUCAACCCUAUUGAUCCCCUCAGCCCCUCUUGUUAUCCAAACAUGUCUUCACCUUCUGCACACUCUCCAGAUGCUUAUAUGCAUUCAGGAAGAAGAUACCCCCCUACCCCCAUCCCCUCUCCUCCAUCAACCCCUCAUCCUACUCUCAUUCCACCCCUCUCCUGUCCACCACACGUGAGCAGCUUAACACGCAAACCCCACCCACCAAGACUAAGCCCCUCCCCUCCACAUGCAGAACAACUUCUGAUUGAACCCGAAAACAAUAUGCACCACCACAGCCUCCCGCGAUGAGCAAGAGAGUUUGGAUGUAAAAUGUCCAGGAUAAUGUCAGAUUUUGAGACUAUGUAUGGGAGUAUGGAAAUUGUAAUUAGUUAUUUUAUAUUAGUUAUCUUAUGUAAAUAGUAUGAGUUGAGUGUUUUAUGCUUUCCAAAAGCUAUAGGUGAAUGAAUGGUGUACAAGACCAAAACUUGUAGUUGAAAAGUAAGAAUCUAAUUUACCAGAGGAGUACAUGGAUGUACUGGAUGGUUUAAUUGUUAUUGUAUACUAACAAUUUUUUGUUUGUUUGUUUUUUUUU